AUGAGGGUGACAGUGGAGGAGAGGAUGACGUGGAUUCUGUGGGCGGGACUGGCCUACUCGACUCUAUUUGCAGAGUCACCGUUGUAUGCUGAAUACCUUAUGCCCGCGGAAUGUCGGAGUGUCAUACUACUCGGUCACAACCCGCUAGCUGUCUUGGAGACCAACAAUGAGGGUGACAGUGGAGGAGAGGAUGACGUGGAUUAUGGGGGCGGGACUGGCCUAGUCCGCUAUAUUUGA